AUGCCCGAUAAGUCGGCGACCGUCGUCUCCUACGCCGCCGGCGCGUCCCUCGCCGCCGUCGCCCUCAUCUACGUCUUCGGCCCGACCUUCACCAUCGACCACGACUCGACCGCCGGCUCCCGCAAAAAGACCAUUGUCGGCCUGCGCAACCAGGCCAAUGACUGCUUCAUCAACUCGGUCCUGCAGACCCUCGCCGGGCUCGGCGACCUGCGCGUCUACCUGAUCCGCGAGACGCACCGCCGCCGCAUCGAGGACCCCGCCGUCUACGCCAACCUCGUCCAGCCCCUCAGCGGCUCGCGCCUCGAGCAGUGGCGCCUCCAGGGCCUGCAGGAUGGCCUCGUCACCCAGGGGCUCAAGGACAUGCUCGACGCCCUCAAUGAGCGCCCCAUCGCCAAAAAGGCCAUCUCGCCCUUCCAGUUCGUCCGCGUCCUCGAGACCGCCUUUCGCCAGCGCAUAAGCAGACAGCAGCAGGACGCCCAGGAGUUUUUGCAGAUUGUCGCCGAGCGCCUCAAGGACGAGUACCACGCCGCCCAGCGCGCCCGCUUCCACGCCCGUAAGCACGGCGUUUCACCCAACGGCACCCCGGCAACCAACGGCAACGGCGACGCGACGAAAGACGACCGAGACAAAAGCGCCGCCGCAACCGCCGCCAACGGCGAGACCAAUGGCGAGAGCAACGACGAAAAGGGGUCCGACGGAGAAUCGGCCGAGCCGGAUGCGCAGGAGAUUCGGGAUGCGCUAGGCAACGCGCAGGUGCCGCUCGAGCUGGAAGAGGGCUUUCCCAUGGAGGGCAAAUACGAGUCGCACCUCGAGUGCCAGACGUGCAGAUACAAGACCAAGCCCAGGGAAGAGACGUUUUGCACAAUCACCCUGGCCGUGCCGCACGUCUCGUCGACGUCGCUCAACGCCUGUUUCGACGGCAUCUUUAAGACCGAGUACAUUGACGACUUCAAGUGCGAGAUGUGUCGCCUGGUCCAGACCAAGGCCAACCUGGAGCACGAGGCGGCCGUGUCCACGUCGGAGAGCUUCAAGGCGCAGGCCCGGGAAAACAUCGAGAAGCUGCAGUUCGCCAUCGAGACGGACCCCGAGAACCCUCCCGAGGGCGUCGAGCUUGGCGACAUUAGGUACGCGCCCAAGCGCAAGAUCGCCAAGACGACGCGCAUGACCAUAUUCCCCAAGGUCCUGGCCAUCCACCUGUCGCGCUCCAUCUACGGCGUCGGCCAGAUGACGCAGAAGAACUCGGCCAAGGUGGCCUUUCCCGAGCAGCUGCCACUGGGCGGGCUGAUGGACCAGCACAAGUACAAGCUGCUCGGCAUCAUCACGCACAGGGGCGGCCACAACAGUGGCCACUACGAGGCGUUCCGGCGGCAAAAUCAAGUGCUGCCCUACCACAACACAAACACCUUCCAGCAGUCGGACGUGUACAGUAAGACGCCGACGCCCAUAUCCACGCCCGAGAUCAACCCCAGGCAAGGCGCCAGCCCGGCCAUCUCCACGCCCGACCUGCUGUCCAUGUCCCCCGCAGCCAACUCCUCGACGCCCUCCUUCGACUCCUUGCCGGUUCCUCCGCGAAGCGUACCCGCCGAACGGAGCACAGCCCCGGCCACGCCUGUCAACGGCAGGGACAAGGACGGUGACACGAGCAGCUUGCGCUCCGUCGCGGCGUCGACUAGGUCGGCCAUCUCGAGAUUGGCGUCGCCCAAGUCGAACGGGGACGGGGCCGCCUCGCCCGGCGGCCUGCGGUCAGCCGCCGCCAAAAGCGCCAAGAAGCGCAAGGUCGCCUCGGACAAGUGGUGGCGCGUGAGCGACGAAAAGGUGCGCGAGGCCAAGACGAGCGAGGUGUUGGGCAUGCAGCGGGAGGUGUACCUGCUGUUCUACGAACUGGAAAAGUAG